ACACAAGGCUUCUUCCCAUCUUCGCGUUCUCGACAUCAAUCAUCAUAAUUUCAUUAGCUUUUACAGGUAGGGAAAAGUAUAUCAUACAAGAUACAGAUAGAUAUCACUCAAAGACAUGCUCACUUCUCAUCAUCUUCCUAAACUUUUCUCAGCUGUUUGGCUUUUAACCAACAAUCUCAUCUUCUUCUUUUUCUCCUUGUUGUUCUUCAGAUUCAUCUCUCUUCUUGCUCCUCGCUCUAAGGGAUAGAGUUUCAGUUUCGUUAUUGUUUGAUCGUCACAGUAUAUAUUUUUUGUUUUGGGGUUCUUGAGAUUCAUGGGGUUAAGUUCUAAGCAAGUUUCUAGUGAUGGGCAUGGUUGGAGCCAGGCUCUGUUGCAAGCUCAAACCUUGGAGCUCCCCAAGCCGCCAUCACUGAAGCGGCAACAUCCACAAAAUCAGCAGCAGGCUGAGCCAUUGAAGUGUCCGAGGUGUGAUUCAACAAACACUAAAUUUUGUUACUAUAAUAAUUACAACAAGUCACAGCCUAGGCACUUCUGCAAAACUUGUAAGAGGCACUGGACUAAAGGUGGCACUUUGAGGAAUGUUCCUGUUGGCGGUGGCCGCAAAAACAAGCGUCUCAAAGCGUCAAAUAAGGCCACCAACACCAACACCAACACCACCACCACAAGCAGCACUGCAACAGCCGCCAGUAGUGACACCAGUAACAGGGUUAAUAAUACCCAACUGGGAGUUCAAUGUCAGCAGCCCAGACAGAAUCUUUCUUUCGCAAUUGGUGAUCAAAGGAACUUGUCUGGCAUACUUUAUCAAGCGUCGAUUCAUCCUCCUACUUUGUUACAACAGGAUCUUGUCAACUCAGGCAGUUUGGACGCUAAGGAAAUGAGCUCCAGCAAUGGAGUUUUUAAUGGUUCUGGUGUUCAAUUGGCGCCUCAAAAUCAAAGCUUGCACCUUCCUUAUGCAAGUUCAACUUCUUUUGACACAACACAAUACACAGGAGAAACCAUAGAGAAUCCAACUAUGCCCACAACAAGCAACACAGUCAAGCAGCCAUGGGCUCAAAUAGCUACUACAAGCAGUGAAAUGGACAUGACAAAUUACUGGAAUUGGGAUGAUAUUGAAACCUUUGUCUCUACUGAUCUCAACAUGUCAUGGGAUGAUUCUGACAUCAAACCUUGAAAGAAAAUUCAAUUGACUAUAUGUCACUAGGGUCUGUCGAUCUUUUUUCUUCAUGAGCUGGGGUGUUUGUGUUUUUCAGAGAUUAAAGAGAGUCUAUUUCUUCUGGUUAAUUAAUCAUUCAAAGCACAGUCAUAUCUCUCAACCUUAUGUAACUGUUGUAUGAGAUGUGGACUAAUUGAAGCUGCCAUUUAGAAAGAAAAAAAAAAAGUUUCAGCUUCAUGUAGGUGUCUUCGUUUGUCAUUUAUGUGUCACUCUUUCUUGUUUCUUCCCAGAAAAAGGAAAAAAGAAAGAAUGUAAAGAUAGGUUAGGAAGAGUUGUUUAUGACAGAAUUAAAAUGAUAGAAUUUGGGGGAUAGUGAUAUAAUUGUGAUCACAUUUCAGAGGCAUAUGUGAGUUGGAGUUCUACAGCUAGAUGUGAUGGAGAUUCUUGUGGAUAUGUAUAUCUGUUUUUGGAUAUCUAAAUAAUAUUUUACUCCAUGAGAUUUGUUGCUCA